GGAGGGAGGUGACUGGCCCGACCUGGGCUGUCUUGCUGGCCGCCCUCCUUUGCUGGAAGGAACUUAUCUCCUAUGUACACAGCUCUUGGAGUUCAAAGGCCUCUACUGACCUCUACCCAACCUCUCCCUCUCUGCACCCAAGUCCCCACUGCUACAUACAGGACCAAAGGCAGGCAAGGACUAGGAAAAAGGAGAGGAGGCUGGAGACAGGCUGCCAGAGGGCUCAGCUCACUUCCCUGUCCCAACGCUGUCCACCUACUGCUGUGGCCACAGCAACAGAAGAGACAGUUAGCAGGACAGGAAGUGAGGCCCGGUACCUUGUGGACAGUGGUGUCAUUAACUGUGACAUCUAAGAUGUCUCGAGAGAUGGAAGAGCUCACCCAAACAAGGUUACAGAAGAUCUGGAUUCCACACAGCAGCGACAGCAGUGGGCUGCAACGGAGGAGGGGCUCAACCAUACCCCAGUUUACCAAUUCCCCCACAAUGGUGAUUAUGGUGGGUUUACCAGCUCGAGGAAAGACUUACAUCUCUACGAAGCUCACCCGAUAUCUGAACUGGAUAGGAACACCAACUAAAGUGUUUAAUUUAGGCCAGUAUCGACGAGAGGCAGUUAGCUACAAGAACUACGAAUUCUUUCUUCCAGACAACAUGGAGGCCCUACUUAUCAGGAAGCGGUGUGCUCUGGCAGCCCUGAAGGAUGUUCAUGAUUAUCUCAGCCGUGAGGAGGGCCAUGUUGCGGUUUUUGAUGCCACCAACACUACCAGAGAACGACGGUCAUUGAUUUUGCAGUUUGCUAAGGAACAUGGUUACAAGGUGUUUUUCAUUGAGUCCAUCUGUAAUGACCCUGGUAUCAUUGCAGAAAACAUCAAGCAAGUGAAACUCGGCAGCCCUGAUUAUAUAGACUGUGACCGAGAAAAGGUUCUGGAAGACUUUCUAAAAAGAAUUGAAUGCUAUGAGCUCAAUUACCAACCCCUGGAUGAUGAACUGGACAGCCACCUGUCCUACAUCAAGAUCUUCGACGUGGGCACACGCUACAUGGUGAACCGAGUGCAGGACCACAUCCAGAGCCGCACAGUAUACUAUCUUAUGAACAUCCACGUCACACCCCGCUCCAUCUACCUAUGCCGGCAUGGUGAGAGUGAACUCAACCUCAGAGGCCGCAUUGGAGGUGACUCUGGCCUCUCAGCUCGGGGCAAGCAGUAUGCUUAUGCCCUGGCCAACUUCAUUCAGUCCCAGGACAUCAGCUCCCUGAAAGUGUGGACCAGCCACAUGAAGAGGACUAUCCAGACAGCUGAGGCCCUGGGCGUCCCCUAUGAGCAGUGGAAGGCCCUGAAUGAGAUUGAUGCGGGUGUCUGUGAGGAGAUGACCUAUGAAGAAAUCCAGGAACAUUACCCUGAGGAAUUUGCACUACGGGACCAAGAUAAAUAUCGCUACCGCUAUCCCAAGGGAGAGUCCUACGAGGAUCUGGUUCAGCGGCUGGAGCCAGUUAUAAUGGAGCUAGAACGGCAGGAAAAUGUACUGGUGAUCUGCCACCAGGCUGUCAUGAGGUGCCUCCUGGCCUACUUCCUGGAUAAGAGCUCAGAUGAGCUGCCGUAUCUCAAGUGCCCUCUGCACACAGUGCUCAAACUCACACCUGUGGCUUAUGGAUGCAAAGUGGAGUCCAUCUACCUGAAUGUGGAGGCCGUAAACACACACCGAGAGAAGCCUGAGAAUGUGGACAUCACCCGAGAUCCUGAGGAAGCCCUGGACACUGUCCCUGCCCACUACUGAGCUCUCUCCAGGAAGUCAAACUACCUCUUUCCUGACUGUCUUCCACCUUUAGAAGCUUCUAUCCUUGCUCUUCUACACUUAGAAGACUUUGGAUUUGGUCUCACUGGGAGACCCUGCUUCCAGUGAAGAAGCCCUCGGCAGUUCCAAAACAGAUGUCGAUUUCUAGCUACAACCAAGGAGCUGUCUAGCUCUGGAUGAAACCUUUUCCUUAAUUUUCAUUCUCUGAUCAAUGAAAACUUCGCUUACUGCCUCUAAGAGGGGAGAGGUGGUCAUUGUGAGGCUUCUCCCACAGGAUCAUCUUAAGAUCCUGACCCCGCAAAGUGGCUCUGGUGCUGUGGGGAUGUGGAAUGGGUGAGAGCUUCCUGGAGGAAAGACUUCUGGGAGGAGAUAGGUCUCUGUGUCUGCCUAUGGGCUUUGUUCCUUGGUGGGCAGUGUUCCUGGGCCACGACACCAUCAUCCCUAUACUCAGAGAAGCUGUACUUGGACCACAGUGCUCCUGUCUUCUCCAACUCUUGCUGCCAUUCUGAGUGUCAUCACUGUCCAUGUAAAUAAUCCAAAGAAUACCCUAAGCCUCCCAGUCCCCCUCAACUCCAUGACCACCCACUCGAUGGACAUUGGCACCAUGUAGACUUCUCCCCAGUGUGACUUCUUAAAUACAUGCAUCCCAUUAUCUGACCACAGACCCACAGUUCUUACAACUUUCUGUGUCAUGCACAGGAUCUCUAGCAGCGUGCCUUCUAUACAGCAGACAUGCACAUAGUAUUUCUGGCCAGGUAUCAGUAAUCCAGUGCUGAAAAGACAAACUCAUACAGUAUUUUCUGGUACUCUAGCCCACCCCACCUUCUCAGGGAUUGCCUACUUCAGUCAAUUCAUGACUAUUCUUUUUCUAUUUCCUGUCCUUUUCUAUUGGCUUUUGCCCCGACGGUCUCUGCAACAUGGUCAGGUCUCUCUCCUAUCCCAAUAAAACUCUCCCUUGUUCCUGUGUCACCCUCUAGUUACUGCCCCCCUUAAUUCUUACACAAACAUCUCAAAAUGAAUGUAUAAUUACUGUCCAGAACCUUCUCCCUGUGCAUUCUGUUCCAGGCUUUCCCCCUCCAUAUCUUUGUUCAUAUUCCUGCCAUGCUUUCCCCAGGUCUGUAUCCCACUGAAGUAAUCCUUUCCUUUUAGCCAAAAGCUGGACUCCACAUUUCCCAAAGAGCUAUGCCGAUCUUUAGCUCUUCUAUGAACUCAAAAUGUCACUCACAACAAUUAAGCAUAAUAAAGAAAGAAAACAACUCCAGUUCAUUUUGCAAAUUUAAUGGAACGCUGAUACCAAAGUACAACAACAGCACACAGAAAGCGAACAAGAAAGCAGGACUGGCAACUGGAUUUUUCAUAGCAUGUCAACCUCAGCUGAUGGGUAGUAUCUGCUUAGACUGCUGGGUGGACAAAGAUCCCAGGGAUGUUCCUUGGCUUCAUGGGAAGGAGGGACUGCUGCAGCUCAUUAGCGGGAUCUGUAAAUGUGGGUCAUAAACCUGAAAACAAAACGCCAAAAAGGAACAUAUUUUAGCAUCAAAUAUACUGUUUUCUCAUAAUUCCUCCACUGUCUUCAUCUCCCCACCCUGCCCUCCCACCUCGGGGUUUCUUAUAACAUUUCCCAGAACUUAUAUGCAUACCCAUGGGCCUUGGCUAUGGAAAUGCUGUAAUUACCUGAAACCUCACUAGCCAUAGGAGAAGC